AUGGAGCGGUUACGCGCUCGUACUUACGAUCUAUAUAUACGGGCCAAGGUAACCAAGGACAAUCAUUACACGAAGCUACGCGAUUAUCUGGGCAUGUUGCUGAACAAGGGCACUCAUAGACCAUUUACCGGUCAAGACCUAAGCACAGCUGUCUUCGGAGCAUGGAGUGUGCGUACUCUUACUCGCGAUCCAUCAGGACUCACAAAGUCCAGACGCUAGUCAAGACCUACGCACAAUUUGCUCUGGGGUAUGUAGCUUGAGUGCGAAGAUGGGGCUGUCUCACUUGACCUUUCAAGCGAGGACAGACCACAACUUCCGAACCAAGAAGCACAAUUCCUUGAUCGAAGCAGUAAUUGCCCAAAUGUGCAACGAGGUCAAUGUCAACUAAUUUGAACGGUCCCUCAUAUACGCCAUCUCUACUGGUCGUGCUACAACCAAUUUGGCUCUGUAGGGAGAACCACUCAACAGAAUCAACCCUAACGCCGCACCAUUCACACCAUCAAAGCUGUCCUGCCCCGGAGACCGCAACUGCGACCAAUAAACCACUGCAGUUAUCGUGGCCCAUGCCCGACCGAACUUCACGGCAGAAACUCAUAACACAACACACGCAGGAUCACAUGCCUCGCCCCACUUUACCAACAGCUCGCCAAUCACGUACUCAGCAUAGGAUUCUGGUGUAACUUUACCAUCGAACUCGGUGAAGACAUGUGCACCUAUAUAAAACCGUACAAACUCUUGAAUCUCCAGCUAACUUUCAUGGCAGGAUUCAAAAUCCAACAGAGAAAGAAAUUGACUUCCGAGAACACCGAACCCACUUCGAAUCCCAACGAUCGACUCCUGAUUUCAAAAGCGAAUAUACGACGUCAACAUAUACAUACAAGCGGUUGAAUACAAGGACACACAGAGAAUACUUGACAGCUUGGAAUAUAAGCUAUGGAAGAGAAGAAGGCAAGCAUCGAGAGCAAGUUGGGGGAGAAUUCCAAGCAAAUUGCGAUUUCAAGGAGACGGUGGGACGUUCAAAAUUAGAAUGGAUGAAGGAGGAUAUAUACGAAAGGAUUGCUAGAAAGGGUCCAAAAAAGUACUGCAAAAUGUAUCAACGAAUUUCUGGAAGAGCUGUAAACUAGAAUGGUACGGAACAGUACAAUAGAAGGGAUGGGAAUGAAGAUAAAUAAGUGGGUACUUUCAUAUUACCAAAAUAGAAAGUUUUGGUGUAU